AUGGUUGUUGAUUAUGUAAACAAGUGGGUGGAAGCGGUAGCUUUACCCACUAAUGAUGCUAAGGUGGUUAUAAAAUUUCUAAAGAAAAACAUUUUAACCAAAUAUGGGACCCCUCGUUGUCUCAUCAGCGAUGAUGGGAAACAUUUCAUUAACCGCCAACUUGAGAGAUUGUUGGAAAAAUAUGGAGUUAAACACAAGGUUGCAACCCCAUAUCAUCCACAGACCAGUGGUCUCAUUAAAGUCUCUAACCGAGAGGUUAAGAGGAUUUUGGAGAAGGUAGUCUACCCUUCUCGAAGAGACUGGUCUCUCAAGUUAGAUGAAGCAUUAUGGGCUUACAGAACACCCUUUGAAUGUUCCCCAUAUAUAAUAAUAUUUGGCAAAGCAUGCCACCUUCCUCUCGAACUAGAACACAAAGCGUACUGGGCAGUUUAUGCUCUCAACACGGAUGAGAAGGCAGCAGGAGAAAAGAGACUGCUACAACUUGAAGAGUUAGAAGAAUUCAGAGGGAACACACUGUUCCCAGGAAAACUCAAAUCAAGAUGGACUGGGUCAUACCAAAUUAUAAAUGAUGCAGGGAAUGGAGCUUUUGAGAUUCAAGGAUCUGAACGUGGCCGUUCUUUCAAAGUUAAUGGGCACAGGUUGAAGCUAUACACUGAUGAAACCUUCAAUGAAAAAGAGGAGAGUAUCCCUCUUUCUGAGUCCAGCUGA